AUCAAUUAUUCUACACUCAACAUCGAACUUACGUCAUGAAUUAGAGGGAAGGAAGUGAACAAUGGGAACGUGGGACGUAAAUUGGAAGGAUUUACAGGUCAUUUUGUAUUUGAUGUCUUAGAUAUACAUACGGAUAUCGUUUGCCGGGGAGAAAGAUAAGAUGUGUGCGUAAGGCUAGCUAUUGGGAUUUGAGUUGCGGGGUAUGCUCGCAUCCCCAACAAUUUUAUAAAGCUGGUUAUGGAAACUCCUUCAAUACUCACACACACAGUAUAUAUCUUCCAGAAAAAUCUUGGACCUAUACGUUUAAGAAUCUCGCGUGACAGUGGCGAGAUUCCAACAUUUUCAUUGUUCUGAAAAGUAAGAUCUUACAUUUGCGGAAAAGGAUCAUCCCAAUUAACCUCAUGAUCAACGCGUCUUAGAAGAAUGGGCCGAUCCUUACUCCCGCAGGAGAGCAGUAUUUCUGGUUUUUCUUUUCCAAUAUUUGAGUAUGCUGAGAUACCAUAGUCAAUAUUUGCAGCAUCUUUAUAACCUCACUCUGAAACUUAAGCUCCUGGUAUCCUCUCCGUGCGUGCUUCUUACGCAGUAUUAUCAAGGGAAUCAGUCAAACAAAUUUCAACAAAAUCUAUAGCAAACCCAAUCAAUGCAAGUUGCAAACCUAAAACAUAUCUAUAUCAUAUCUAAAGUAAAUAAGAUUUUAAUUAAUGUCACAGAAUUAUCGUGCUUUGGCGCCUUCAGGUUCUUUACAAAGUCAAUUAUUUCUUCGUCAUUCAACUGGCAACCCGUUAAUUCUCCAUGCUCCACAUCGCAAUUCGUGACAGAGCUUUCGAUUUCAAAUAACCUUACAAAGUUGUUACAUUUAGAUUUCAUUUCAUAUAAUCUUCAGCAUAAAUCAGAUCGAAUUUUCAAAAUUAUAUGAAGUAAGAUAUUCAAAUUAUGUUGUAAUAAUAUCCAUCGAAUCGGAUCUUUUGAUAUAAUUUUCAAGAUUCUAGUCCCAGUAGUUGUCAAAUUAUCAGUUAUUGAAGUCGAAGUAAUUGGAAGAAUUUUUCGGAAAUGUCACUUCCAUGUCCCAAGAGAA